AUGGUCAAGCUGCGGCACGUGGUCAGGCUGAAGGCAUGUGGUCAGGCUGGGGCACGUGGUCAGGCUGGAGGCAAGUGGUCAAGCUGGGGCACGUGGUCAGGCUGGAGGCAAGUGGUCAGGCUGGGGCAAGUGGUCAGGCUGGAGGCAAGUGGUCAAGCUAGGGCACGUGGUCAGGCUGGGGCACGUGGUCAGGCUGGGGCACGUGGUCAGGCUGGGGCACGUGGUCAGGCUGGAGGCAAGUGGUCAGGCUGGGGCACGUGGUCAGGCUGGGACAAGUGGUCAGGCUGGGGGCAAAUGGUCAAGCUGCGGCACGUGGUCAGGCUGGGGCACGUGGUCAGGCUGGGGCACGUGGUCAGGCUGGAGGCAAGUGGACAGGUUGGGGCACGUGGUCAGGCUGGGGCACGUGGAAAGCUGGGGCACGUGGAAAGCUGGGGCAUGUGGUCAGGCUGGGGCAAGUGGUCAGGCUGGGGCACGUGGUCAGGCUGUGGCACGUGGUCAGGCUGCGGCACGUGGUCAGGCUGCGGCAAGUGGUCAGGCUCGGGGCAAGUGGUCAGGCUCGGGGCAAGUGGUCAGGCUCGGGGCAAGUGGUCAGGCUGGGGGCAAGUGGUCAGGCUGGGGGCAAGUGGUCAGGCUGCGGCAAGUGGUCAGGCUGGGGGCAAGUGGUCAGGCUGGAGGCAAGUGGUCAAGCUGCGGCACGUGGUCAGUCUGGGGCACGUGGUCAGGCUGGGGGAAAGUGGUCAGGCUGGGGGCAAGUGGUCAGGCUGGGGCAAAUGGUCAGGCUGGGGGCAAGUGGUCAGGCUGGGGGCAAGUGGUCAGGCUGGGGGCAAGUGGUCAGGCUGGGGGCAAGUGGUCAGGCUGGGGGCAAGUGGUCAGGCUGGGGGCAAGUGGUCAGGCUGGGGGCAAGUGGUCAGGCUGGGGGCAAGUGGUCAGGCUGGGGCAAAUGGUCAGGCUAGGUGCAAGUGGUCAGGCUGGGGGCAAGUGGUCAGGCUGGGGGCAAGUGGUCAGGCUGGGGGCAAGUGGUCAGGCUGGGGGCAAGUGGUCAGGCUGGGGGCAAGUGGUCAGGCUGGGGGCAAGUGGUCAGGCUGGGGGCAAGUGGUCUGGCUGGGGGCAAGUGGUCUGGCUGGGGGCAAGUGGUCUGGCUGGGGGCAAGUGGUCAGGCUGGGGGCAAGUGGUCAGGCUGGGGGCAAGUGGUCAGGCUGGGGACAAGUGAUCUGGCUGGGGGCAAGUGGUCAGGCUGGGGGCAAGUGA